AUGAAAAUUCCGGAGACUUCUGCUAAUGUUGGUGCUUACUAUGGCAAUGAAGAAAAUGGCCAGUGGCAGCCCAACGGCGUGAUCAUAGACAGCGGAGUCGGUGGUGGAAUUGUCGGCAGUGGAGACGCGGGCAUCCAUCGACCACCAGUAUAUCCUGUGCAUCUUCCCCGAGGUCACAUGCCAGGCUACGUAAUGGCGGGCGCAUAUUACCCUCCAGCAGCAUACCCGCCCGUCCCUGCGCCGGCGCAGGAUGACUUUGCAGACUACAUGUGGAUGGAAAAUGAAGAAGAAUUUGACAAACAGGUGAUGCAACAGCUAGAAGAAGAGGCGCUAAUGGAGCAAUGUAUAGAGGCAAUGUUAGAGGAUGAACAGCGGGAAAGACACAACAGACCCACAGCAAACGGACACAACCACCAUUACCCCACGACAAGUAAUGGCACACCAUCCCUGUCACUCGAGGAGACAGUCUCAAAAUCGAAGCUCAACCCCCUCGCAGCAGAGUUCGUACCCACCGGGGCUAGACCUGCAAAAGAAGAAAGACAAAACACACCUGACGCACCGGUCACAGUAGAACCGACUCAGAAAACAGAAGAGGCGCCUUCAGAAGAAACAACACCCGUUGAAAAAGUUGAAGAUGAAGAAACAAAAACAGGUGAACCAGUCCCUCCACAAAAAGAUCCGCCGGAAGUGAGCGCAGCGGACGUACCUCCCAUAGACAAAACACAGAAGUCUCCUCCUAAGGAGGUAAAGAAGGAACCCGUUAAACAGACGAAGGUGGACCCCAAGAAACCCGCUAAGAUUGAGGUCAAACCCAAAGUCAAGCCUGUCGCUGUUAAAUCUGAAACAAAGGUGCAACCUAAGAAGAAAGAAGUGAAGACAGUCAAAAGUGACACGAAGACAGAAGAUAGCAAGACAGUGGAAGAGACGCCAGCCGAAGUCACCAAGCCACAGCCGACAUCCACAGAGGAGUCCCAGCCGUCAUCAGGAUUCAAACCCAUCAACUAUGCAGCCGCAGCUAAAGCAAACAAACCCAAGAAACCAUCUCCUACACCCUCAACAGAAAAACAACAGCCACAACCGCAGCCAGCCAAAACAGAAAAAGUCAAAACAGAAAAAGUUGACAAAAAAGUUGAUAAAUUGAAAAGCGAUAAACUUCCAGCGAAAACGGAAAAAGUCAAUGUACAAAGGAAAAACUCAGCCAAGUAA